AUGGAGCCGGCUCUGGAGCAGGCGUUGCAAUCGGAGCUGGAGCCCGAGCCCGAGCCCGAGCCUGUGCUGGUUCCCGCUGGCCGAGUGCUCAGCCCUGAGGAGUUAUUUGCAGCCCGUUCCCGGGACCAGAAGCUGCCCCUGCGUUCGCAUGGCCAGAAGGUCUUCCUCCCGGACGGCUCCAGGGCCCAGGAGGAACAGCUGCGGCUGUGCCGGGAGGAGCUUUGGACACUCUUUGCAGAGGAGCGAGUGGAGCGACGGGGCAGCUUGGUGACUGCUGAAUGGAGUCCUCAGAAUGGGGUGGUAACGUUGAAAUCCUUUGCGGGUAAAUUCUGGCAAACCAUGGGAUUCUCUGAAGGGGGUCAGCAGCGGUUAUAUCCAGAAGAGGCCCUGUACUUGCUGGAAUGUGGAUCCAUCCAGCUUUUCUAUCAGGACCUGCCCUUGUCCAUCCAGGAGGCCUAUGAGAUGCUACUGAGCCAGGAUACCAUAGGCUUUUUGCAGUACCAGGUUUUCAGCCACCUGAAGAGACUGGGCUAUGUGGUUCGGAGGUUCCAACCUAGCUUGGUCCCAUCCCCUUAUGAGAGGCAACUUAACCUGGAUUGUGGAAAUUCUCAGAGCUCCGAAAAGUGGCAUGGCAAGAGGAAAAGGAGGAAUUCUAGUCCUCGGUCCGCUGAUAAGAAACCCAAGGCACAGGAGAAUCUUCCAUCAGGGGCAGAUGGGGCCGAUGAAAGUCAGGCAGCUCCAAUCCACUCUGCCCCCAGCCAGAACAGCAGAUGCCCAGAAGAGAAACCCCAGGAAUCAGGCUAUGUAAAGCGUCCAGAGGGCUGCAGUCAGCCUCUGGAGUCCCCGGAGCCAGUCCCUGGCCAGACAGAGCAUCAUGGAAGGACCUUGAAGGAAGGAGGAAGAAAUGAGGCUAGAGCAGCGGAGAAUAAUGGGAACAAGAGAGUUUCUAAGCCACGAUGGGACUUUGAUCAAAUCGCAUUUCCUAACAUGGCCCGAGAUCACCCCCACACCCUACUACUUGCCCCAGACCCAGAGUUACUCCCAGGGAAUGUCACUGCACGGGAAAUUGAUGCGGCCCCUUGGUGUCAGCUGCUGAAUCAACGGAAAGAGAAGCUUUCUAGGAGGGAGCGGGAGCAGCAGAGGGGGUCUGCUCCCUUCCGAAGCGAUGUGAAUGCAGACCCCGAGGUGCAGAGGUGCACCAGCUGGCGGGCGUAUAAGGAGCUACUACAGAGGAGGUGGCGGCAGAACACCUGGAACCGACCCCCCAACUUGUGGGAUCAGCCGGUCACUCCCCUGCUGAGCCCUGACCAGGCAGCCAGCCCAGCCAGCGUCUUACAACAGAUCUCUUUACUGAAGACCACACACCUCACCGAUGAAGUUGAUGGUAGGCUGUUGGAGAAGUCUGGGGACAUGGAGAUCAUUUUUAACAUCUAUCAGGCAGAUAGUGUAUCCAGUUUCCGGAAAAAUGACCCAGGAAAGCCAUAUGCUCGGAUGUGCAUCAGUGGAUUUGAUGAACCGGUACCAGACCUCCGCACCCUCAAGCGGCUAUCCUUCCAGAGUGGGGAUGUUCCCUUGAUCUUCGCCCUGGUGGAUCAUGGUGAUAUCGCUUUCUAUAGCUUCAGAGAUUUCACAUUACCAGUGGACCUGGCACAUUGACCAACUGGCCUCCAGAACUCAUCUUGAUAGCCUCUGGCCUAGGUCAGAGUUAAUAUGAUGGAGAAAAAUGUUGCUUCCAUUUUGGCAGCCUUUGCUCUCAGGAAUGACUUACCACUCAGACCCCCCAUUUUCAGUUGUCUCCUGCAUUGGAGCCUUUGUCUGAUGCUUUACCAAUGUUCAUUCCAGCUUAAGCCACCUCCAUAGAAGAGCAGGCUUGAAAAAUGCCAGGCAAAUUGUAUUGCCUUACUGGGAGAACAGUCCUCCUGAUUGCUCUGAUUCUUCUAUUGCUGCCCUUAGGACCUAGUACCUUUCUUUCCACAGGCCAGAUGACAAAAUCUUGGUCCUGUGUUAAUGUAAGAGAACUUGAAUUGCAUCUGGGAAAACCUGGAUGAAGUUAAAGCCAUUAAAC